UCUGCUCUGCCCAUCCUCAUACCUCUCCGAGGUGCUGAGUCUGGAGAGCCGAGCUCCGAGUGUGCAAGCACCACCGAUAAAUUAGAGCCAGCAAGAUGGCGAUUGCGCGACUCAUUGCUUGUUUUGCUCUUUAUUCCAGCAUACGCCACAUUCCUUCAUCACUCGGGGUAAUCCUCCGAACCACAGACAAGAUUGUGUGGGCAAAUGAAUUUGAACCCAUCGAAUUGACCUGUUUGAUAGAGUCAAUCUCAACAAACAACCCAAGGAUUGAAUGGAAAAAGAUUAAAAAUGGUGUCCCCAGUUAUGUGUACUUUCAAAACAGGAUAGCAGGGGACUUGGAGCACAGAGCACAGCUCAGAGAACCAGCAAACAUUCUGAUCUUUAACACCAGCCGGUCAGACACCGCAGAGUACCGGUGUGAGGUCGCCGCCAUCGACGACCAAAGGGACUUUGAUGAGAUACUUAUUAGUCUUGCAGUAAGAGUGAAACCGGUCGUGCCGCGGUGCAGUGUGCCAGUGGCGGUCACAGUUGGGACGUCCUCUGAGCUGCGCUGUCUGGAGAACGAGGGCUUCCCUCCCCCCCAGUACAGCUGGUUCCACAACAACGAGGAGCUUCCUCAUGACCCCAAGAGCAGCCCCAAGUUCGUCAACUCGUCCUACACCAUAAACCCCGACACUGGAGGCCUGAAAUUCCGCCGGGUGAGGAAGGAGGAUGCGGGGGAGUACUACUGCCAGGCAAAGAAUGACGCAGGACAUGCACAGUGCCCCCCCCAAAUGAUGGAAGUCUAUGACGUCGAUAUUUUCGGGAUUUUCCUGAAGGCGUCUGCUGCUCUGGCUGCAGUGAUCUGUGUGACUGUGGGACUCUGUCAUGCCCACAAACAUGGGUGCUUCUCUAGCAAAGACCACACUGAAAAUAACUACAAACUGCCAGCACAGGAUGAUGGUGUUGACUAUGGUGAUGCGGACGAGGGCCAUUUCCGUCACAAAUCAUCAUUCAUCAUUUGACAGCUAAGAAGGGGUGAGAAGAAAAGGAACAUGCUUUGGUUAAACUGCAACAAUGAUCCACAUGAUAGAAUCGGAGGUGUAAAAUGGCACAUUAUUCUCUGAUGCACAUCAAAAUCAAAUCAACCAACUUGCCAAAGUAAUUUUCUGACUUUUUGUUUGGCAUUAGCCUAUUUCGUUUCUUUUCUUUUUUUUCUUUUUUUUUUACAAUGUAACACAAGUGUUUUACUUUGUUAGAGUUCAUUUCCAUCAGUGACGUCUUGAAUACUUGUGUUGAUUUUAGUUCCUUCACUUGUUACUUAUUGUUUUUUAUCGCACAACAAUAACAUUUCCAAGCUGUGACAUUUGAUCUCUGGCCCAUACUCUUGUUGUAAAAGAUGCUGGAAGUGACAUUCCUUCACGGUUUUUGGACAAAUCCUCUUUUUUAACUCUUAAACUUUCUACUCUAAACACAACUUCUUUUACAAAAAAAUGUUUUACAUUGACUUUGAUCAUAAGAUAAAGGCGUCCUGUGUUCAUGUGGAGAAAGGUUGAAACUUGUUUUGUAUAUACUGUAGCUAGACAGGCAAUAAGUAGCAUACUCCAAAAGGCUGUGGAGCUCAGACUCAUAAGGCACAAUUUAUCAGCCUUUCUACUAGAAACAGGUGAUGACAAGUCCACCUGAGUAAGAAAUAACGAGUGAAUUUGAAUACUGUAUAUCCCAUUAUGCUGCAAUUCAAUUAUGUAAUAUAAAGUGGGUAAAGUCUGAUUUUUAGAGUGAUGUUUCUGUGUAUAAGUGACCUUCUGUGCUUUACUAAUUAUUUUGUGAAUAUUGGACAUAUUGUCCAGUUUUGAUUCAGUAUUAAAUGUAUAUAGAUACAUUUCCUUUUCCUUUUUUUUUUUUUUUUUUUUUUUUAAAUCUUUUAAUUUUAAUACAUCAACACACCAUACCCUCCUGUAAAUACGGCAAUAAAACUGUUUGUUGGAGAUAAAUUUACAGUAUUUACUGUCUGGUGUGUAUCUACAGUGUUGACCUUGUCAGUUUCUUAUCAACAGCAGUAUAUACUUUCAGACGUUAGUAUCAGUGUUUUCAUUAGAAUGAUUUGUGUAAUAACUCAGGAACUGUUGUAAAGUGUCCACUGUUCAUUUGAUAUUAAC